AAAGGAAUCCCUCUGACUGCUGACUGUCUCCAGCGUCGCAUCCAGUCUCAUAUCAAAGGUACUAAAUUUUACUGUAAUCCCAGACUUUGAUCACGUGAGCGCAAACUUGGCCAAAUGGGAAGGCGAGCGAGUCUCGGUAGUACGCUUCCGACCGCCAUUACAUUACAAUACGCGGUGGGCUGGACGAUCGUGCGCGAACGGGGGGGAAAAAAGCUACAGUGGCGCUUAGCGUAAAGCCAACAGACACAGAGGGUGAGAAUGACACAUUCAGGCUACGCGCACACGUAUUUACCAAUAUAAUCUCUGAGAGAUAAACAAUGAGGAAAGGGUCGCUGCCGAGGACACCGUGCACAUGUUUGAGGAUUUAAUUCAUUAAUCAAAUCAUCAUUUCUCGAGAAGGAGGAGGAUACGCUUUUAAAUGUCGUGGUGGUUUAGAAAGACAAAUCCUGCAGCAUGCAACAUAUUCUUUAUGUCAACGAUCAGCGCCAGACAAGGACUGUCACUUCAGCUUGAAGUGUACAUUUAAAAAAACAAAAAACCCCAUCAGAUAUUUUUGUGCAAGACUGAGGCUGUUGUGGCCGCGAGAGGACGUUUCGUAAUGAUAUAAAACUGAAAGGAAGGAAGGAUUUUUUCAAACCUUCUUCUACAGAAGCCUGCUUGUCGUUUUCCUGGCGGUGGAGUGUAAGAAUAGUUUUUUUUCCUCUCUGAACGGUUUGACUCAUGAUUCAGGGUUACUUCGAACCCACUCGACUUUGUCCGCCCUGCCACGGAGGAGCACUGGGGGGCUUUUCUUUUUCAGCGAUCCCUCGUCUGCGGUCCGUUUUUAAUUCAACAGCAACAGAGGAAUUAAACAUUCCUGCUCGCAGCGCCUGCUUGUGUGAGGCAGACUGGGUUACACUGUGAGAGCAACGGUUGUGGUAAGAAAGAAGGCUAUAAAUAGCUCAUGCAAUUCUCGAAAACUAUCACAAGUGGUGCAUCAGCUUGUGGAGCAGACGGAAUCAGAUAUCCUGCGUGUAAUGUCUCGGCUCUAAGUUAAUUGUUUUGCAGAGCGGCGAACGUGUCAUAUUUUUAAAAGAAGUUUAGAUUCUUAAUUUCGCAUUUUUGAGGCUGUACGGCGGCGCUGAAGAAAGGAGUCGUUCCCUCAUGGAUUAUGCUCAUUUAAUGAUGAAACUAUCAGCGGAAAGACUGAUGUGGAAACGGGCUGAUCUUCCUCUGUGCGUGGAUUGAAAUGGAUACGUUUGUAUGCUCUCCGCCUUCGACAAUGAUCAGAUCUGGAUUCGCCUGACCUGGAUUGUAACAAUGUUUUGAUCCCCGCACACGCUUGGAUUUACAUUACAACAUUAUAUAUCCGCUGGGGCUUCAUGGAUGCAUUCUGCACUUCUUUUUGAAUACGCCCAUUCCUCUGCCCGACCACGAGUCUAUUAUCUGGACCUCUUGUGAGGUUAUAAGCCUGCUUGUUUUGGCAGACUCGUAAGGGAACCGAUUUGUCAGCCCUGCUCGGUGUUUGAUACCGAUGUAGGAUUUCGACAUGCCCAGCGCUGACGACCCCAACGGCGGACGAUUAUGACUACAACAGCGAAUUGGGUGGCUAACGGGGCAAGCCUUGAGGACUGCCACUCCAACAUCUUCUCUCUGGCGGAGUUGACGGGCAUUAAAUGGCGUUGCUACGGCUUCCGCAGUGGCGGGGAGUACGGGCCAGUGAUCUCUGCCCCGGCCCAGGAUGACCCGGUCCUGCGCAGCUUCAUGCGCUGCGUGCAGGCCAACCUGCUGUGCGUAUGGCGACGCAAGAUCAAGCCCGACGCCAAGGAGCUGUGGAUCUUCUGGUGGGGUGAAGAGCCCAACCUCUCUGAUGUCAUUCAUCAUGAGCUGGAAGUGGCUGAGGAGGGGCUUUGGGAGUGCGGACUGUCCUACGAGUGCCGGACCCUCCUGUUCAAGGCCAUACACAACCUGCUGGAAAGAUGUUUGAUGGAUAAGGGGUUUGUGAGGAUUGGGAAGUGGUUCUUCAAGCCACAUGAACUGGAAGAAAAGUCUUUGGGCAACAGUGAACACCUAUCAUGCUCCUUCUCCUUCUUCCUUCACGGGGAGAGCAACGUGUGCACGAGUGUGGAGAUCGCCCAGCACCAGCCUGCAUACCACAUCACAGAACACCACAUCCACCUCGCACAGGCCUCCAUCACACCAGUACAAGUGAUCCUGAGUCCAUACGGUCUGAGCGGCACUCUGACAGGUCAGGCCUACAAGAUGAGUGACCCAGCGGCUCGGAAGCUGAUGGAGGAGUGGAGCUACUUCUAUCCCAUGGUACUUCAGCAGAAAGAGGGAAGUGGAGAAAAGGAAAAAGAAGAAGCAAGCCAGGCCUAUGAUCACAACUGUCACGUGGCAGUGGAGGUUAUCGUGGGUGGAGUAAGGAUGACCUACCCAGCUGCUUUAGUGCUGAUUGCCCAGGGGGACCUACCAGUGGAGCAGCCUCCACCUGUUCCUGCAGCUCAAGGCCUCAACAGGGAGCCAAACCACUGCAGCGUGCCGCUCACACCGCCAACGUCACCGCAGCAGCCCUGCUCAGCAGACAGUGGCUUUGUGACCUCCGUCUCCAGUGUCCCCACACCAGACAGCAGCAUGGGGGUCACCAGCAUCAGCCCAAAGCAUUCUGGGAAGAAGCUAACCUGUCAGGUAGUCCAUCAGGCCUGGAGGGAAUGCUAUCUCACCCAGCCUCAGAACGUACCGAAUCAGCCAACUGACGUGACGUCUAAGAAGGAAGUGCCAAAUGGAGUAACCACGUGGGACUUCAAUGAUCUGGGAGCGAGAGCGUCCUGCAGCUGCUCCAGGUUGAAGCAGCAGAAGCUGAAUCUGACCACCACAUCCACUGCCAACCCCCAGACUAGUGCCAACCCCACUCAGUCCUCUGGCCCGUCAUUAUACCCUCCCUCCCUGCCCAAACACAAGACCAGUGACAAGACAGAAAAGGCUGACAAACAGUCCAAGAGGCCAGCCACAAUCCCCUUCCACCACCGUCUAUCUGUCACACAGGAGACCCAUCUGGAACAGGACUCACCAGGAGGGCCCCAGCUCGGGGGUCUUGUGGCCCUGGAGCCACCCUUGGAGCCUCUGGCCGCUCUGCCAAGCUGCAAGUAUCCCAAACCCCUCUCCAAUGGUAGAAAAGCCCCUGAGUCCCUUCUCCAUUCGCCGAUGUCUCCACUUCCACCCACGCUCAGCCCACACCCAAGAGACCCGGAGGUCCUGGAUGGGCCUGUGGAUAUGCCCGUCUGUCCGGAUGGGGCUUCAGGGCUGGGGAUGAUUACCAGUGAGACAGCUGUGUAUGCAGCUCUGCUGAGGCAGAGGGAGAAUGGGGCCGGCUGGUGGAGAGGCUUCAGGACUCCCAGGACUGAUAAGACUGACUUCAGACCCCCAGAACUCCCCACUGGUAAAUUAGAGGACGUGAGGACAGAGACAGUCACUGAGGGAGCUCCGCUAAAGAGACUAUACACACAGACUCCUAAGAGAUUUAAAAUCUCAGAGGAGAGGGUUAGGGACCACAUCCACACUUUGGGCCUGUUCCAGCAGCCAGGUGUAGAGGCACUGCGGGAGCCCGGUGAUGAUCCAUACGACUUUAAGGAAGGAGACAUUGAGUACACUUUCUCCACUUCCAAGAGGUUAAAGAGUCAAGGGCGAGAACCCAGCAAAAAGGUCAAGGGAGAAGAAAUCACCAGCAAUGGAGCACUGCCUGAUGGGAAAGAUGCUAUGUCCAUUUUUAACUCGGCUCCAAAAUCAGAUGAAUCAAGUCAGGAUGACGCAGCUGCCAAAGCCAAUCCUUCUCUGACCAGAGAAAAAGAUCUAGUGGUCAACAUCUCUGAUCUAGACAACAUAUUUGAUGAAGACGAGGAAGAGUUGGGGACUGUUUACCCCAACCAGCACUCAACCAAGCUACCAGUAUCAACAGAAGAUCGCCCUCUGGGGAAAGAAGGGAGAGUUGCAGUACCUUAUCCAUCAACAGUAGCAGACCUGCAGCGGAUGUUUCCCACCCCACCUUCUUUAGAGCAGCACCCAGCCUUCUCUCCCAUCAUGACAUAUCGUGACACUCCGAGUCAAGAGCCCCCUGCGCCCAGCGGAGCGGCUGACCAUCUGCCGCCUUUAGCCUCCACCCAGUUUACUGAAUACAGGAUGGAGUUUGAGGAGGAUGUGGCCAGUCUCAGGCAGGAGGAUAUCAAGCCACAAAUAGGCUCCUCCAUGUUUGCUCCACUAUCCUGCCUACCCAGCCAGAGUCUACCACCUCUCAAGAUACCCGAGCAAUGCUACUAUCGUCCAUCCUGGGCCCUCAUGCCCAAAAUGGAGCAUUUCCCUACGGUCAUGCAUCCCCAGAAUAACACUUUCAUUAGAGACGGAUACACAAACAUCCCCAGUGUCAACACCCUCACGGACCAGGAGUACGGCCAGAUGAGCGCCACCACUGCCUCCGUGAGCACCACUGUUGGCAUCCUCCCUUCUCCUGCCACUCCCCGCUUCUCUGUGCCCACUCCACGAACCCCUCGUACACCACGGGGUAUUAACGCUGCAAGCUCUGGGCAGGGUUCGGUGAAGCAGGAUGGUACUGAGCUCAGCUCACCGGUCUCCACGCCCUCCACCAGCCUGCCUCUUAGCUCUGUAGAGCCCCUAGCUCGGCCAGGACCCUCCCUGCCUGAGGCCCACAGCCUGUAUGCUGUCCUCCUGCUCUCAGACUCCGUCCUCAAUGUCUUCAAGGAUCGCAACUUUGACAGCUGCUGUAUCUGUGCCUGCAAUAUGAAUGUCAAAGGAGCAGAUGUGGGGGUGUAUAUCCCUGAUUCCACUUGUGAAGAUCAGUACCGCUGUAUGUGUGGCUUCAGUGCCAUUGUGAACAGGCUGCUGGCCCAUGGCACAGGCCUCUUCCUGGAGGAUGAGCUGGAUAUUUACGGUCGGACUUCUGAGGUAGGCCGGGCCGCAGAGAGGAGGCUGGCUCUUUGCCGGAGGGACCCAACUAUGGGAGACCCCAGGGCCAAGAGGCCGCAGGACGUAGCCCCUGCCUCUCCGUUAGUCAUGGUCCUUCUGCAGGAACAGUGCUCCCAGCCCAUUUCUUCCCUGGCAUCACUGCAUCUCCCCCUCAGCUGUUCCUGCCAUGGCCGCAAGGGGGCACUGCUCCAAAGCUGGAUGUCUGAAAAGCAGUGGGCAGAUGGGAGUGAUGCCUGUGUGGAGUGUUACAAUGCCUUGGAACAGGGGCUGCAGUAUGUGGAUAACCCCACAGGAGGGAAAGUAGAUCCAGCUAUUGUCAGAAGUUCCGCUCUUCACUCCUGGCCUCACACGAAUGUGGUGGACAUGAGCAUGCUGUCGUCCCAGGAUAUGGUUCGUAUGCUGCUGUCUCUGCAGCCUUUCCUGCAGGAUGCCAUCCAGAAGAAGAGAACAGGACGGACCUGGGAAAACAUCCAGCAUGUUCAGGGUCCACUCACCUGGCAGCAGUUCCAUAAAAUGGCUGGGAGAGGCUCCUACGGUUCAGAGGAGUCGCCAGAGCCCUUGCCCAUCCCUACAGUGUUACUGGGCUAUGACCGGGACAGGGACUUCUUGGCAUUGUCCCCUUUGGCAUUACCUUUCUGGGAGAAGCUGCUGCUGGAGCCUUAUGGGGGGCAGCGGGAUGUGGCGUAUGUGGUGCUGUGUCCCAACAGCCCCUCUCUGCUGGCAGCAGCCCGAGCCUUCUUCCAGGAGCUCAGCACUGUUUACGAGACGUGCCGCCUUGGGAAGCACCGUCCUCUGGCCAAGGUGUCCAGGGAUGGCCUUGUGCGUGUGGGGGAAGAAGUGGAGCCAGAAAAGCUGGAGGAGCUGGCUGUGGACCAGUGGUUGACUGGACCCUGGGCUGGACAGCAGCACGCCGACAACCUCAGCAAACUUAAACUCUACGCUUAUGCCUGCAAGCAACAUCUUGGCCCCCAGCUGUCAGCCCUGCCUUUGGACAGCAGUCUUCUGUUGCCUCCCAAAGUCCAGCCUCCCUUAAACCCCACAUCCUCAGCCCAGCCUGCCUCUUCUGGGCAGCCUCAAGCUUGGGGCCCUGAUGGUGAACAAGCUCCAGGGGCUGCCAGUACAGGAAACGCUCCGACCCCGAGUGGAGCAACCUCAAACCAGAUGGGGGAGACAACCCAAGGAGCAACCAGCGAUUCUAAAGGGCCUUCCAGUGCCACACCACCAGCCAACACACCAGCAGAAAACCCUGAACUCACUCCUGAGCAGUCUAGAAUCGGCAUCCCCACUGUGGCCGACUCAAUGGAGAGCCACGCCAACCCACCAGCUAUUGUUAUUUACAUAGUGGAUGCUUUUCUUAGCUCAAGUGGAGCAAGAAAUGAAGGGGGAGAGGAAGAAGAGGGUGGCGACGUGGAGGCAGGUAGCAUUUGGCUAUUAGGACUUCUUCGCUGCUACACAGAGAUGCUACAGACUUUGCCUGAGACGAUAAGACCUGCACUGGUGCUACAGGUGGUGCCAUGCCAGUACCUUCUUCAGCCAGCCAGUGGGGAGAACCAUUUGUACCUGCAACAUCUGCGCUCCCUGGCCUUCUCCUGUUACUCCCAAUGCAGACGUCUGCUGCCCCAGCAAAUACACAUCAAGUCCCUGACUGGCUUUGGACCAGUGUCCACUGUCAAUUCUGUACUUAAGAGUCCAGAGCAUCCCAGCCCACUGCAGCUAUACUGUCCCCCCUUCAUCCUUGGUCCGACCCGUCCCAAGCAGCCAGAGCCAGGGGAGAUAUGGGCCGAGCUCCCGCCCAAAUACAAUGUGCUCUUUGUUGGAUACUGCCUAUCGCAUGACCAGCGCUGGAUACUGGUGUCCUGCACUGACCAGCAGGGGGAGCUCCUGGAGACUUGCAUUAUCAACAUUGAUGUACCCAACAGAGCGCGGCGUCCCAAGGUUUCAGCCAGGAGGAUGGGUCUACAGAAGCUGUGGGAAUGGUGUAUUGGCAUCAUCCAGAUGACCUCACUGCCAUGGAGGAUUGUGAUUGGUCGAUUAGGCCGACUGGGGCAUGGGGAGUUAAAAGACUGGAGCUCACUCCUUGGGGAGCAUUCCCUUCAUUCAAUAGGGCGCCAGCUGAAGGAGGCUUGUCGUAUUUGUGGGAUCUCAGCUGCUGACUCCCCCACUAUCCUCAGCGCCUGCCUGGUAGCCAUGGAGCCACAGGGCUCCUUUGUGGUCAUGCCUGAUGCAGUGACCAUGGGCUCAGUGUUUGGCCGCAGCACUGCUCUGAACUUGCAGACCUCGCAGCUGAACACACCUCAGGAUGCUUCCUGUACACACAUUCUAGUCUUCCCAACUUCUGCCACCACCCAGCUGGCACCCAGCUCCUACCCCACUGAGGACAAUAAUGAUGACAUGUUCGAUCUGCCCUUUCCUGAUGAACUGGAGAAUGACAUUGGCCAUGACAUGAUGCUGAUCACAGGGAACCUCCACCCUUCCCCUAACACUUCUCCUGUGCCCUCGCCUGGCUCUCCGUCCGGGAUGGGAAUGGGAUCACAUUUCCAGCACACCAAGAACCAGGGAGAGCGCUUGCUGUCCAGGGACAGUCCACCAGAAGAGUUGAAGCAGCAGCCGCUGGCUCUGGGCUACUACGUCUCCACUGCACAAGCAAAUGGACUUCCUCACUGGUUCUGGGCCUCCUGCCCACAGGCUGAGAGCCAGUGUCCACUCUUCCUCAAGGCCUCCCUCCACCACCACAUCUCCAUAGCCCAGUCAGAUGAGCUGGUGUCAGACAAGACUAAGAGAACCCCUCACCCCUUAGACUCAAAGACCACCUCUGAUGUGCUCAGGUUUGUAUUGGAACAGUACAACGCCCUCUCCUGGCUGACAUGUACCCCUGCCACCCAAGACCGCCAGUCCUGCCUGCCUGUCCACUUGGCUGUACUGAUCCAAAUGUACAAUGCCAUCCUGAACAUGCUUUAGCUAUGUGAGACUUCAAGGACAACUCUAGGGGACUGACGGUUACCUUCAUUUCCUCUGUGCCUACGCUUCCUCCUUCUGGGCACCAGAGAGCACCAGAGCUCUUCUGUUAUUUCGGGUGGACAUGGAUUUAAUGGCCAAGUAAAGGACGGUGCAAGUCAGACUCUCCCAUGCCUGGAAUGUAAUAAUUAAGAAGAGUAAAAUGCUCUGAACAAUAACUUUUACUUGUUAACUGCGACACCCUGCAAACCCAGUAAAGUUUGUACCUUCAAAACUGGUUCUGUGCCAGUUACGGUGCUUUCUAAGGGGAAAAACCAGAUGGAUCAAUCAAACUAUGCCCAUUUUACUGACAUAUCACAAUGUUAACUUUCUCCUGGUCAAAACAGAAUUAUGUCUCACUUGGGCUACACCUCUAAGUGGCAUUUGAAGCAUCUGUGGAAGCUCUGUCUUUACUUACCUGUGGAAAGGGACAUCUGUGCAGGGGCACAUAACUCCAUAUUGUACAACCAGCAAAAUGGCAUGACAACACAAACACAUGGCUUUGUUACAUCAAUGAUGCUUUUACAUUUUGUAUAGAACUGCACUGUUGAGCUUCUUGGGACUUGCAGUCGGUUGAUGAAACUCUUACCUUUACUCUGAAAGGGGCAAACAUCCUCAUUUACUCCAAAGGGGGAGCAUUUGAUAAUGGCACUUUUUCCUCACCUUCCAAAGUGUUGUAGAUAUGAGCACGAUGGAAAAUAUUUGACCAGUUAAGACAGAAGUGUUGUUUAUAAUGUAAAACGUACAUUUGCAAAGAAUUGAGACUUAUUUUUAAUAUUUAAAACAAGAAAAUGAGAAACUUAAACAAGGCCUUUUUCCCAAUUGACUGUUAAUUGUCUUGGGAUCUGAAAUAGAAAUUGUCAUUUUAAUGCAAUUGUAAAGAUGCCAUAUUUAUACAAAUUAUAUCAUGUCAUAGAAUUUGAUAUAUAUAUAUGUAUAUACAUAAAUAUAUAUUACCUCUUCCAAGCAGGCACUUAAUGAUAAGGGUGAUGGACACAACCAUCUCUUUAGAAGUGGACACAGUAUGAACAUUUAUCAAAGAAAAUGCAUUUUAGUUUUUUUUUUUUCUACAGAUAUUGAACAUUUUACCUUUUUAUUUAAUGAGUUUAAAUUAAACUAAUUGAUGCAGGAGAUACAGUAUACUCUAUAUUUAUAAAGUGUUCCUCUUCUGCUAAAAAACUUGAAAUAGGCAAUAGAAGACCAUGGUAUUUGAACAUUGCAAGGUUAUUAAAUAUUUAAGAAUGAUGCUUUAUUUCAUUGGCUCUCCAAAAUGAUGUCAAGCAAACCAUUAGAAAGGCCUGUCUCUUCAGUUUCACUCAGUCUGCUCUUUGUUAGAUUCCUAGCAUGUUUGUAUAUACACUUUUCAGCUGUGUUUUUUGGAAUUUCUUAAAGCUGUACGUUUCAUGCUGGUUGGUUUACUUUCAAGUAAUUCAUAUCAAAAGUAUUUUUUUGCCUUGAGCUUUUUUGAUAUACAGUAUACAGUUCAAAACUCAUUUAAUUACCGCCAAGAGGUUAAAUUGCCAAGUAAGUGUACACAAAUGUACAGACAAGGGCAAGUUUGCAAAAAUUUGUUACAUCUGUCAUCACUUUGAAUAUCAAACAGAUCCACUUUAGUGGGAGAGAUCUGUUACUUUUACACUCUUUUUUUAGUAAAUUAUUAAAACUCUUGAAAAUGA